CGCGUGGAUCAGUGGACAUAACAAACAGAAGAAGGGAAGGGAAGGGAAAGGGGCCGUUUUGAUAAGGUGAUCUUUCCAGCUCCCUCUUUCACUGUUUGAACACACAAAUCCUCAACUUCCCUUAAUCCCCGCCUGCUUCUGUUCUUGCAGCCUAGUUAUAUAACCCCAUCCCAUUCAUUAAUUCCAAAGGUUUUCACGUUUCCUUCAUUCGGUCAUUACCCUUUUCCGGUUUCGCCGCCUCCCCACGGUCGAGUUCUUCCCGGUUGAGGGUGCUGAAACACUGUGGAGAUUGUACCGGAGGUUAUCAUGACGAAUAGGCUAAUGCCUGCAAUGUCGUUCCUCCUCCUGCUCGUUUUCCUAGUUGUCGUCGAUGACAGGGUGCUUCCUGUCCGUGCCGUAGUGCCCGAUGGCUCGAUGAGGUUCGAGUUGGUCCGCGAACAUGGGCCCGACAAUGGAGGUGCUGAGCUGCAGCAUACGAGGGAGCUGCUCCAGAGGGACGUUGCGCGGUACCGUAUGAUCUCCCAAAGGCGCCGGGUCGGGCAGAGCGCGAGGAGGAAGACGCUGGAACAGGAAGUGCCCAGUAGAGGCAUCGACUGCGUGAACGAAACAGUCUCAAUGGAUUCGCCGAUGAUAUCGGGCCGGGACUACGGUAUCGGGCAGUACGUGGUGCAAGUGAAGGUCGGGACUCCGCCGAAGAAGUUCAGAUUGAUAGCUGAUUUAGGCAGCGAGCUGACGUGGGUGAGAUGUCAUUACGACCAACGGCGGCCCCGCCACCGCCGCCAUGGGGUGUUCCUGCCGGCCAACUCCUCCACUUUCACCACCAUCCCCUGCUCUUCCCGCACCUGCAAAGUCGACCUCAUGAAUCUCUUCUCUCUCACUCGGUGCCCCAUCCCGUCCGCACCCUGCGCUUACGACUUUAGAUACUUGGACGGUUCUGCUGCAGUAGGCAUAUUCGCUGAGGAGACCAUAACAGCACGCCUCACGAAUGGGCACGAGAUGAAAAUGGAAAAGGUGCUAAUCGGGUGCAGCGAGUCCAUCCGGGGGCCGACGUUGCAGGCUGUUGAUGGGGUGCUUGGCCUGGCCUACACUCGGCCCUCCUUCACAGCAACAGCCGCCCGUAGAUUUGACGGAAAAUUCUCGUACUGCCUGGUGGACCAUUUAAGCCACAAGAAUGUCAGAAGUCAUCUCACUUUUGGAAACAGCCGUGGCCACAGCCGGUUGCUAGCAAAGAUGCGGUACACCAAUCUCGUACUUGGCGGGGCAAUCAGCCCGUUGUACGGAGUAGAUAUAUCAGGGAUAUCCAUUGGAGGAAAGUUGCUAGAUAUACCACGCCAAGUGUGGGCCCCAAAUAGCGGAGGCGGCGUCAUCAUGGACUCCGGCACGAGCCUGACCUUCUUGGCUGCACCUGCAUACCAGCAGGUCAUCGGGCCGCUCAAGGCAUCCUUGUCGAGGUAUAUGAGGGUGAAUGAAAGCGUCGGGCCCAUGGAGUACUGCUUCGACUCCACAGGCUUCGAGGGGUCUCAUGUUUCGCGUUUAGUGAUCCAUUUCGAGGACGGAGCGAGAUUCGAGCCGCCCGUGAAGAGCUACGUGAUAGACGUCGCUCCCGGCAUCAAAUGCAUAGGCUUGCUGUCGGCGAAGUGGCCCAGUAUGUCCAUCAUAGGCAACAUUAUGCAGCAGAACCAUUUCUGGGAAUUCGACUUAGCAGAGAAGAAGUUAGGAUUCGCGCCGUCUUCCUGCACCUAACAAGCAGCAGCAGUCCCUUUCAUUGAUUCUUUCAAUGUAGUAGUGUCUGUAUAUUGCUGCAAAUCCAUUGCAGUCAGUGUAAGUUUCUUCGAUUGUGAUAUCAAAUUUGAAAGCUCAUCAUAAACAAAAAAGAAGCAUCUCGCCGGGACAGAGCGAGUC